GCUUGUUCUUGUUGCACGGUUGUGGGUCUGGCGCUGCUUUCUGCAAAGUCCAUUCAUCGUUGCUAUUGUAGGAAACCCCUCACCUCAGGUACGUCCCAGGCUUCAGCGCUCACUGCUUUACCGGACGAUCACUUUUAUCCGACUGGCAUAUCGACGAGAUGCGGAGCUAAGACCUGCAAGCGGGAUCUCCGUCGAUGACACCAGCUGGUGGAUCACUUUUCUCCACGCCGAGUUAAGUCCACAACCCGUUUUGGCGAAUCCACAGCUGAAAUUCGGGAAUGUACUUUCUUCCCCCUUCCUGCCCCCAUUAUAUAUUCAUGGCCACGAUGACUCCCCACCGUAUUCUCGACUGCCUCCUCCGCUUCGGGCGUGUCGUUGGGUGAAAUGGCAGCUCCCGAGAUUGCGCCCCGGGAUGAGGAAGAGCGCGUGCAAGGGACUCGGCGCGGGAAUAACCCCGGAAAUAGCGACUCACCAUCUUUGUCACCACCGACUUCACCACAGUCUGGCGGAAGAAGCGAGCGCAGCCCGUCACCAUGGGACAAGGACGAGAAGCAGCCCAAUGUCAACGACGACUGCGAGGAGCAAGACGACUGGCCCAUCGCGUAUCACUACCUGACGUUCGAGACGGAGCUGCCGCAUCCAAUAUCUGUAGAGCCGAGGACACCUGAAGCUCCUCACCCUCCCCCACCGCCAGAUCUAGCAAAGUACACUUCGCCGUUCUUGUGGCCGGACCUGCGCAAACGGAUCAUAAUAUGGAUAUCUGUCUUCGCGACCGCUUUUACCGCCUUCACGGCGGGAGCGUACAGCCCGGCCCUACAGCAAAUGAAGGAUGAGUGGCAUGUGAGCACCGUGGCCAUCUUGUGCGGCAUCACCACAUUCACAACCGGCUUUGGCGUUGCGCCCAUGGUGCUCGCCCCUUUUAGCGAGAUCAACGGUCGGAAACCCGUCUUCAUCGCCUCGGGCCUGCUCUUCGUCGUCUGCCAGCUGUGCUGCGCCGUGACUCGGUCCUACGGCGGCAUGCUCGUGGCACGCUUCUUCGUCGGCGUGGGUGGCUCGACGUUCAGCACCAUGGUGGGUGGCGUCAUCUCGGACAUCUACCACACGGCUGAACGCAACACGCCCAUGACCCUGUUCUCCGCCGGCGCUCUCGUCGGUACGGGCAUGGGCCCAUUCGUUACCGGGUUCGUGGCCCAGCACCUCCACUGGCGCUGGAUGUUCUGGAUUCAGGUCAUCAUGGACGCGGUUCUGAUGGUCGUCGUGAUCGUGUGCUUCAAGGAAACCAGGGGCAGCGUGCUGCUGAGCCGCAAGGCCAAGGCCCUGAACGCUUGGUACGAGGAGCGCGAGAAGGCCGGCUACUACGGUUUCAAGAUGCCCGUCCCCGGCGCGACGGACAAGUUCGAACCGCAGCGGAUCCGGUGGAAGGUCAAGUCCGACGAGGAGCGGGCGAGUCUGUCCAGGAUGAUCGCCAUCUCGUGCUACCGGCCGUUCCACCUCCUGAUCACGGAGCCGGUCGUCUUCUUCUUCUCGCUCUGGGUGUCCUUUGCCUGGGCCGUCCUGUAUCUCACCUUCGCCGCCAUCCCCCUCGUCUUCUCGACCGAGCACGGCUUCGACAUCCAGCAGAACGGCUACGUGUUCACCUCCAUCAGCAUCGCGUCCGUCAUCUUCGCCGUCAUCUGCAUCUACCAGGAGAAGAUCGCAAAGAGGUACAACAAGCUGCCCCCCUCUCCCGAGGCGAGGCUUUACUUCUCGUGCUACGAGAGCGUCCUGCUGCCUGUUGGGCUCUUCAUGUUCGGGUGGACGAGCAACUCGUCGGUUCACUGGAUCGCGCCGGCGAUCGCCAUUGGCCUCGCCACCAUGGGCAUCUUCUCCGUCUACCUGGCCGUCUUCAACUACCUCGCCGACACGUAUCAUCGCUACGCCUCGUCCGCGCUGGCCGCCCAGAGCUGCUGCCGCAACAUCAUGGGCGGCGUCCUGCCGCUGGUCACGAACCAGAUGUUCACCCACUUGACGUACGGGCCCGCCUCGAGCCUGCUGGGCGGGAUCGGCAUCCUGCUCACGUUCGUGCCGUGGGUGCUCAUGCUUUGGGGUCCUAGAAUAAGAGCGCGCAGCAAGUUUGCAAGCGAGCUCGUAGGCUAGCUGAGGGUUUAGAUAGGGUCAACGUAGGGGAUAAAAAAAAGAAAUUUUUUUUUUAAAAGGAUAGAUUACGAGAGGGGAAAAAGUUGUCUUCAUGACGCGACGACAGAAGGAAGAAGAAGAAGCUUUCGUAGCGUUCUGUCUUUCCUCUAAAAAAAAAAGUUCUAGUGUCCAUUUCCUGUGCGUAUGUGCGUAUAUAUUUGUAUAUGUUAUACGCUGUGGACGGAAGGCUCGCCCAAUUUUUAUUGUUUCUUUCUUUCUUUCUUUCUUUCUUCCUUUCUUCCUUUCGGCACAAAAUUCAAGGUUCAUAA